AUGGAAUACCAGGUUUACCAGGGUGAUGGUGUACACGGCUUUCCAGGAAAAAAGGGGUUCCCAGGACUUCCUGGUGAAAAAGGCCAUCAUGGUCCAACUGGCCCCCCAGGAAUUGGACUGCCAGGACCUCCUGGAUCUCAUGGGCUUCCUGGAGAGAAAGGAAUAGAUGGAUUACCAGGGCAACAAGGUCUCCCUGGGCCUCCAGGAAUCACCUUGCUGUGUAUUACUCCUGAGUUAAAUGGUCCAUCAGGCUUCCCAGGAGCUCCUGGAUUCCCAGGCCCUAAAGGGGCACGUGGCUACCCAGGGACUCCAGGCCAGACUGGAUUGCGUGGAGCUAAAGGAGAGCCGGGAAGUGCAGGAUUGGUUCAGUUCCCUGAAUUGCCAGGAUUUCCUGGACCUCGUGAGGAGAAGGGCUUGCCUGGGUUUCCUGGGCUCCCUGGAAAAGAUGGCUUGCCUGGGAAGGUUGGCAGUCCAGGUUUACCAGGUCCCAAGGGAGCUUGUGGUGACAUCUUUGGUGCUGAAAAUGGUGCUCUGGGGAAGCAAGGCCUCCAGGGAUUGCCAGGAGACAGAGGAUUUCCUGGAGACUCUGGCUUUCCAGGACCCAAGGGUUUGCUUGGGAUAUCCAGUUUGCUGGGUCCCAAGGGUGAGCAGGGCAGCCCUGGAACACCGGGACACAUGGGACAGCCAAGCCCCCCAGGCCCUGGUGGUAUGUUCGGCAUCACGGGCAAACGCGGUCUCCCAGGAGCAGCAGACUUUCCAGGUGCUCCAGGUAUGUCCUUUGGAGGAGGAGCCCCAGCUUGA